AUGCCAAUUCAAACUGACAUCGUUGGAAAGUGGAACUUCGUCUCGUCAGAGAACUUCGACGAGUACCUCAAGGAGGUUGGAGUGGGAUAUCUCGUUCGAACUGUGGCCACCAAGACCAAGCCGACUCUCGAGUUCGCCGUCAAAGGCGACGAAUGGACCAUGAAUUCGAACUCCACUUUCAAAAAUUACACCAUCACUUGGAAGCUUGGAAAUGCUAAAGACGAGAAGACCGCUGAUGGACGUGACGUUUCCAGCGUCUUCAACAUUGAGGGAGACAAGCUCGUUCAAGUUGAGACCGGGAAAGGAGGAGGAAAAGACUCGAGAAUCGAGAGAUACAUCGAGAACGGAAAGCUCGUCAUCGUCUGCACCAGCAACGGAGUGAAGUGCACUCGUGUCUACGAGAAGGCGUAA